UCUAUAAAUAUAUACACACAAAACCACCCCAUUAGCAUGCUCCCAUUCUCACAUUCACAUUACAAAGAUAUCUAAACUUUAUCACUCUCUCCAAACCCAUAAGCCAAAAUAGCCAAAACCACUUUCUACCAUUUGUCUAUUUCUCCUUCAACCCUAUCAUUCACAUCUCCUCAAUUUCGAUAAAACAAACAAAACCCUAAUAUUUACUUGCUAUCGCUGUCUCUCUCUCCCUUCUCCUCUAUAAACAUACAUAUAAAUUAAGUACACCAAAAUGUGGACGAUGGGUUACAACGAAGGGGGCGGAGAUUCCUUCAACGGAGGAAGAAAGCUUCGUCCUCUCAUCCCACGCCUCUCAUCUUGUCCCACCGCCGCCGUAAACACCAACUCCGACCACCGCUUUAAUAUGGCAGUGGUGACGAUGACGGCGGAGCAGAACAAGAGGGAGCUGAUGAUGCUAAACUCAGAACCUCAACAUCCACCGGUAAUGGUGAGCUCACGGUGGAAUCCGACGCCAGAUCAGUUAAGGGUUCUUGAAGAGCUUUACCGACAAGGAACUAGAACUCCUUCUGCCGACCACAUCCAACAAAUCACGGCACAACUACGACGGUACGGGAAGAUAGAAGGCAAAAACGUUUUCUAUUGGUUCCAAAACCACAAAGCCCGAGAACGCCAGAAACGACGACGACAGAUGGAAGCUGGUCAUGAAGAAUCGGUCUUUUCAACAACAAGUCUUGUCUCAAACCACGGAUUCGACAAGAAAGAUCCGUCAGGUUACAAGGUUGAACAGUCCAAGAACUGGAUAUGUUCGAUCGGAUGCGACACACAACCAGAGAAACCUUCCCAUGAUCAUCAUCUGGAGGAGCCAGCGAACAUACGGGUCGAGCGCAAUGGUCGUUGUGGAGGAGACGAGAGACGAAGCGUUUUAGGGAUAAACGCCACGUGGCAGAUGAUGCAGUUGCCACCUGGUUUCUACCCUUCUCCACAUCAUCAUCAUCAACGUAACCUCAUUCUCAAUUCAACUACUGUUUCCUCCAACAUGUCCAAUAGCAACAUUACUGUUUCUGUUGCUAAAGAUACGGUCACGAUUUCACCUGUAUUUCUACGUACCAGAGAAGCAGCGAACACAGAGACUUGUCGUCGAAAUUGUGAUGAUAAUAAAGAUCAAGAACGAGAUUGCUCUAACGGUGAACCGGAUCAUCAAGAACAGACACUUGAGCUGUUUCCACUGAGAAAAGAAGGGUUUUGUAGCGAUGGUGAGAAAGAGAAGGAGAUCAAUAGUAUUCACUGUUUCUAUGAGUUUCUGCCUAUGAAGAACUAAACAUAAUUGAAUUCUUUCAAGAGAAACACCCUUUUGUGUUAUUAGAUGAUUAGUUUAAUUAUUCACCCAAGUUAGAAAGAGUGAAAAGGGGUUAAUUAGGGUUUUGUCUAGGAGUAAGGGCAGGCGUGUCUUUAUGGUGUUGAUGUUAACAUUUCAUAAGGGUUUGCCUUAAAAUGCA